AAUUUAAUUUGGAAAACACUCGUUUGCUCAUUGCUUACUAUUGAAUUAUUCUAGUUUUUAACCUUAUUUUGUAGUACAAAAGUUAGUAUUUGCAAAUCAAAAUGGUGAAGUUAACGCCCGACCUGAUCAACCAGUCAAUGCAAUACAUGAAUCCGUGCAGGGAUCGUGAGCUAGAUCUUCGAGGUUACAAGAUUCCUCAGAUCGAAAAUAUGGGAGCCACCCUGGAUCAGUUCGAUACCAUCGAUUUCUCCGAUAAUGACAUUCGUAAAUUGGAUGGGUUUCCGCAUUUACCUCGCUUGAAGUGCCUCCUAAUGAAUAACAAUCGGAUAGUAAGAAUCGGCGAAACGUUGAAUGAAUCAUUGCCGAAUCUGGAGAGCGUAGUUCUUACUGGCAAUAACAUUCAGGAGCUCGGUGAUUUGGAACCGCUGACAAAGCUUCCGAAGCUGGAAUCGCUUUCACUGCUGACAAAUCCGGUUUCGACCAAGCAGCACUACCGCGAGUACGUUGCGUUUCGGUUUCCCAACCUGCGCCUGCUGGACUUCCGAAAGAUCAAGCAGAAAGACCGGGAAGAGGCAAAAGAGUUGUUCAAGAGCAAAAAGGGCAAAGAGCUGCACCGGGAGAUUAUGCGCAAGGCGAAGCUUGCGAUGCCGGUUGCGGAUAAGCCGGCCGUUCAGAACGCUACCCCGGCGGACAUCCAGCGCAUUCGGGAAGCGAUCAAGCGGGCCACCAAUCUGCACGACGUCGAGCGGCUCACCCGGAUGCUGCAGUCCGGCCAGAUAAGCGGCGAUUUUCUGUUCAACGGUAAUGGAAAUAUGGAAACUGAUUAAACUUGGUAUGUUUAUGAAGUUUGAUAAAUUUGCAUUUAAGAUAAUAACAGAUACUUACACAAUCUAACUGCUGCUAUGUUUGUCAAAAG